AUGGACACAUCGCGUCAACCUGAGUGGGAUUCGGUCGAUGCAGAGGCUGGGGCAGCCGAUCCGAAUCUCCACGACGAUAUGAAAAAGGAAGACAAAUACCGAGACAUUACUAAUGAUCCUUUCGGAAAUGAAGAGAUGGCAGAGGUGAAAUAUCGAACAAUGAAGUGGUGGCACUGUGGAAUGCGUGAGAUUACCCAAGCUAUCGAAAUUUAUAACUUCAGUCUGAUAUGCUUCACAGUGAUGAUUGCCGAGAACAUCUCUCUGGGGAUAUUGUCUCUGCCCUCUGCAGUGGCCACACUAGGGAUGGCACCAGCGGCCAUUGUCCUUCUUUUUAUGUCUGGCCUAUCAUGGUAUACAGGUUAUGUGAUAGGUCAAUUCAAGAUACGGCACCCGCACGUUCAUAGCAUGGGCGAUGCAGGCGAAAUCCUGAUGGGUCGAAUUGGGCGUGAAGUCCUCGGUAUUGGCCAGUUGCUUCUACUAAUAUUUCUUAUGUCGAGCCAUCUCUUGACCUUUACUAUUCUCAUGAAUACUCUUACAAACCAUGGGACUUGUACGACUGUCUUUGGCGUCGUCGGACUAAUUGUCUGCUUCCUUGGCGCUCUUCCACGAACUAUGGUGAAGGUCUAUUGGAUGUCAGUUGCCUCUUUUGUAAGUAUAUUCAUUGCAACUCUGGUUACCAUGAUCUCUAUUGGUGUGGAGGCCAACGGACCUAUCCAAACCGAGACCGUUCGAGAGGUCAGCUUUUACAAAGGGUUUCUGGCAGUGACAAAUAUUAUCUUCGCCUUUGUCGCGCAUGUCACAUUUUUCGGCUUUGUCUCAGAGACAGAAAAUCCAAAAACCUUCCCAAAGUCACUCGCGAUGCUCCAGGUUGUCGAUACCGUCAUGUAUCUCGUUAGCGCGCUGGUCAUCUACCGGUUUGCAGGCCCCGACGUCAAAUCCCCGGCUCUAUCAUCUGCGGGCCCACUGAUGAAGAAAAUCUGUUAUGGCCUCGCUAUUCCCACCGUUAUUAUUGCUGGUGUUAUCUCUGGGCAUGUUGCUUCCAAGUAUAUCUAUGUUCGAGUCUUUCGGGGUUCGGAUCAUAUGCAUCAACGUAGCUUCCUAUCUAUCGGGUCAUGGAUUGGGAUUGGACUGGCAGUUUGGGUUGUUGCUUGGGUCAUUGCCGAGUCUAUUCCGGUUUUCAAUGAUCUCUUAAGUCUCAUUAGUUCUCUCUUCGGAAGUGUUUUCAGCUACGGGCUUCCUGCCACCUUUUGGCUUCACAUGAACCGAGGGAAAUACUUCUCGACUCCUUCAAAGGGCAUAUUGACUGUGUGCAAUAUCGUUAUCAUUGGUAUUGCAUUUGCGAUGGUAGGUUGA